AUGGAUCAUAGGGCAAAGGACUGUCCAUGUAAUAAUGGUGAUGGAGGUAGUGGCAAUGGAGGUCAGCAUAAUCAGCAGAAUCCUAUAGGCAGAGUCUUCGCAUUGACUUCUUGUCAGGCAGCAACUAAUCCAGGUACUGUUUCUGGAACGCAUGAUUCUUAUGUGUUAUUUGAUACUGGUUCGACUCAUUCUGUGGUGUCUCUAUCAUAUGUUCGUUAUCUUGAUGUCUUACCUUCAUUAUUAUCUCCACAUAUGUCUAUUGCUACCCCUAUGGGGACUUCUGUUAUUAUUUCUGAUGUGAUCGAGAGAGAAACGGGUUAUCUUUGGGGAUGUGAACAAGCCAGAGUUUGUAUACCAGGGGUCUCAACCAAAAGGCAGGUUAAGUUGAUUUCAGCUCUAAAGGCGAAGAAGCUCUUGACUAAGGGUUGUGACAGUUAUCUUGCUUUUGUGAAGGACACAUCCGAGGUUGAGUCUCGUACAGAGGAUUAUUCAGUUGUGGGUGAAUAUGCAGAUGUGUUUCCCGAUGAGUUACCAGGUUUGCCACCGCAUCGAGAAGUGGAGUUUACUAUUGAACUUGUUCCAGGUGCAGAGCCUAUUUCUUAG